GCCCCCGCGCAGCGGGUGCCUGCGCAGCUGCUUAGAGGCGCGCACGGGGCAGGGGCGACGGCUGCAGCUGGCGGAGUUUCGAGCCCCAGCGCUGCCUGUUCUCGGGGUUCACCCAGAGAGGGGCUCCACCGGGGAGGGCGAGCGAAGCCGCACGAAGCUCAGUAUUCCUGGAUGGUUGAAAUCUUGACAGUCGAGCGGUGCAGCAGGAGCCAUGUCUCUGCCCUUCCGGAAAGAGUUGGAGAAAUAUAAGAAUAUCAAUGAAGAUGAAAUACUCAGCAAACUCUCAGAGGAUGAACUGAAACAGCUAGAGCAUGUUCUUGAUGACCUUGAUCCUGAGAAUGCCUUGCUGCCAGCGGGAUUCCGGCAAAAGGACCAGACCACUAAACCCGCCACGGGCCCUUUCGACAGAGAACGCCUGCUCUCCUACUUGGAGAAGCAAGCGCUCGAGCACAAAGACAGAGAAGACUUUGUACCGUUUACAGGGGAAAAGAAAGGAAAAAUAUUUAUUCCUAAAGAAAAGCCCAUAGAAACCCGUACAGAAGAGAAAGUGACCCUGGAUCCGGAACUAGAAGAAGCCCUGGCCAGCGCUUCAGACACUGAGCUCUAUGACCUUGCAGCUGUUCUUGGAGUGCACAACAUGGUCAACAACCCAAAAUUUGACGAAGGAGGAGCCCGCAGUAAAGAUGGAAAAGGAACCGUGAGAAAUGUGGUGAAAGGUGAAAAGGUCAAGCCCAUCUUUGAGGAGCCACCUAAUCCUACCAACGUGGAAGCAAGUUUACAGAGGAUAAAAGCAAAUGAUCCUAGUCUCGUAGAAAUUAAUCUCAACAACAUAAAGAAUAUUCCUAUUCCAACACUGAAAGAAUUUGCAAAAGCUUUGGAAAGCAACACGCACGUGAAGACAUUCAGCCUUGCAGCUACUCGAAGCAAUGACCCUGUAGCUAUUGCAUUUGCAGAUAUGUUGAAAGUGAACAAAACACUGAAGAGUCUGAAUGUAGAAUCCAACUUCAUCACUGGGACGGGUAUUUUGGCACUGAUUGAUGCACUGAAAGGGAAUGAAUCCCUGACAGAGAUUAAAAUUGACAACCAGAGGCAGCAGCUGGGGACAGCUGUAGAGAUGGAAAUCGCCAAGAUGCUGGAGGAGAACUCCAGGAUUCUCAAGUUUGGAUACCAGUUCACAAAGCAAGGUCCGAGAACCAGGGUAGCGGCAGCGAUCACUAAAAACAACGAUCUGGUUCGUAAAAAGCGUGUGGAAGGAGAGCGGCAGUAGCCAUGUCACAGAGGAUCCAGGGCAAGACUGGAGGCCACCAACUGCAACCUCAGAGUGCCCACUGGUCAGAAGGGAAGGCACUGGAAAACCAUUACAGUGGGAGUUACUCAUUUCUGUUACUGUCUCCUUUUAACCUUGAAAACACAGCCUGUUCAUUUUUUAACUUUCACAGAUAAUUUAAUUUUUAUGAGAAAGAUUCAUAGUUGGUUUGAUUUUUAAUGAAAAAAAAAAUGUUUUGCAAUAUCUGAAGCCAAUACGCAGAAUCUUAACUGUGUUACUGAGCAUAACAUAUAGUGACUCUGACCCUUACUUUAGACACUUCUAAUACGUCAAAAUAUGAUCGUGUGUAUGGAUAAGGGAUUCUCUGCUGAAAAUAGACAUUUUAGAGCCAAGUUCUGCAAUGCCUUAUGUUUGUGAAUAAUCCUUACUCAUAUAUAUAGUCCUGCCAAGCCAAAUCCUGCCAUGGGAUGCUCCCAGGAGUAGAACUAGUAAAGCCAGGAUAGGUUUGCAGGAUCACACCCCUGAGCCUCUGUCCUGCAGCGGGAUCUGGGCAGCUGGAACCACGCUGGAACAGCACCCUUCUACCUUCUUAGGUUCCAUCCAGAUCCACGUGCAGGAUCACACCUAGACGUAUAAACGUUGUCAAAGCCUACUUGUUUACAUAAAGCUUAGGUGGAUCAUUUUGCAAUGUUACACUGAUAUGUGUUAUCCUUACUCCACACUGUAAAAUACUAUUAGUGCUGCCAAUCCUAUAGAUUUUGAAUGUUUUGGGUUUUUUUUUUCUAUACCAACAGGUUUUUAUUUGCUACUAGAAUGGGCAGUUUACAGUUAUUAAUCUAAACAAGUAUUCCGAGCAAUAUUUGUUUUGCUUUGAGCCAUAUGUUUGACUUUUUUUUUUAGUUCUUGUAUUUAUGUACAUUUGUUAGUAUUAUAGAACCAUUCUCAGGACCUUUUAGAUGAAGAUUAAUUCAAUAGUUUAUCCAGGAGAGCAGCUGUGCUACCAGAAAAAAAAAAAAAAAGACAUUAAAAGCAUGGAUGUGACAGAUACGUGGCUUAAUUUAUAGGCUCCAGUUCAGGUUUGUCCCGGUAUCACAAGGCACUUAGGUAGUCGCAGAUGAAUAAGGGCAGGUUUAAGCAUAUGCACAAAUGCUUUGCUAAAUCAGGGCCUUAACUCAGACGGUGGAUGUAAUCUUAACCCAGUGGAAAACACUUAUGAGUCAGCAGCUAACCCCAGGGGCUCAACAGCAUCAAAAUGUCAGUAAGAAUUCAGUCUGAUGUUUCAUAGUCUAAGUAGUCUAGAACGAUUCCCUACCACUGUUUUAUCACUGCCAACAGUUGUCUGACAGCCAGAGGGUCAUUUUGGCUGCACGUAUGCAUGCUGUAGGAGCUAAGGGAGACUCGGGUUAGGUGUGUCACACGUCCCUGUGCUUUCAGAGAGCUGCAGACACACACCUGGGGCGGGCGCUGCUAGCCGGGAGCCCCUCACCUCUCCUCUGAGAGCUCCCUGGGGACAAGAGGGAUAAAGCUCUGCUUCCUUCGCCCACGUCAGGGGCCAGUGCUAGAGGUCAGGGUCAGCGCAGCGUACUCCUGGCCCAGGGGGGAGAGAUGUGAGCCACUGGGCACCUGGGCAGCCAGGGAUCAGACACCGGGGCAGCCCCCAGAGCAGCCAUACAUGUUGGACAUACUUGAAGUGAUGAUUUUCAUAACCAGAGCUGGGGUGCAAGCUCACAGGAUGAAUCCUCCCUCUGUGCCUUUUAGAAUGGAAGUGAGUAGGUCCAAGGCAACAAACACUCUUCCUGUUGGAUACUGGUCAUCAUACUGGGUUCCAACCUGAAUAACAUACACUUAAAUCCCGCUUAAAAUAGUUUGUUAAAGUGGUCUGCUGAACUGGGAUGUGAAGUGCAGUAUCCACAGUUCACUUCCCUGGAUUGCUCCCAGUCUUUACAACAUCCAACUCCCCUUCCCUUCCUCAGAAUAAGGUUGAGAUCUUUGCUUUGCAAGUAAAAACCGUAACACACAGGGGAAUCUUACUGAGAUUUUUUCCCUGGAUCCAUGCAGGAUUUGCUGUGGAAAAACUUUGAUACGCCAUUAAAAAGAAAAAGGCAAGUUCUGUAACACAGUCAUAACUCUGCAUGGGCUUAAAUAAACAGUCCUUAAUAAACAUGGGGAUUCCCAGGGGAAUACUGGGCUUUGCAGCAUCAAAUCUCAUGGGUAGGAAGAAUCCUCAUUCCCCAAACCAAAAUAUUAUAGUUACUGACAAACUUGAGUGAUUAGAAUCACACUACCCCUACUUUAUUCUUCUUUGCCUUUGAUCCAACCAAAGGAAUCCCAAUUACCCAUCUUUUUUUUUUUUAAUGUAUUUUGAAGAUUUUAGAUUUUUUUUUUUUUUUUUAAGAGAGUGAUACAUAUAUGUGUUUAAGGGAAACAAGUGCAAUCCAUUUCUAGUCUCAGUUGCCAUUUAAAGCAUUGGUAUUUGCAUGCAGCAGUUUUACAAGGAUGGAUUGGUCUGACUGCUUCCUGAUGUCUACAGCACGUUGUCCUGUCUAGCUUUGCUCAGAGCCAUACAAAUGGUUUCAUAGUCAGGUGGCUCAUUCCGUGUCAGCUACAGUUUGUAUCAUAGAUGAAGACAGUGGGCUGGGGAAGGCCCUGUGGGCUCUCCCAUCCCUUUACUUGCCAUACCCUUUGCACAGGCAUGCUUUCUCUAAAGGGAGGGUUCCUUGGACACCUGAGAGCAUCAUCUCAAACACCAGCCCCACCACACACCAGCAGACAGGGCCUGGAGCUGUGUGCCCCAUGACAGGGGACCUGGGAGGUCUGGCUCCUUCCAGCAUGCGUGAGGAGAACUCCUAAUCUCUGGCCAUUUUCUCCAGGCAGCCCCUGUCAGGGGGGCUCAGUGACCAGGGACAUCUCUGUCCUGCCUCUUCUGUGUGCUCCACCCAAGGGCUUGGUUGUCACCUGGCCUUGAGCUUCACAAACAUUGCAACAAGAGAAAGAUCUGUUCGAUACAACAACAGCACACGAUGGUGAUGGUUGAAGGCAGAUUUUCAUAUUAAUAUAGAAUUACUUAGCUGGUUAAAAAAAAAAUCUCUGCUACUAACACGAAGGAGGUCAGGAUGCGAGUAGUUAUUUAAAAUUCUACUUUCAAGCAACAUCUGGCAUACUCAAUGCUGAAUGAGGAACAGGGACAGAAGAGUCCUUUUUUUCUUGGUCAAACAUUCAGGAGUAACUGUCUAUUUUUGCACAUUGCUUCUUGUGUUGACAGCUUCAGUUUGGUUUGUAUUUUUUAUACAGUUUUUUCAUGGAAAAGCUCAACUUUGUGCAUGUCCUAACAUGUGUGUGAAUCACAGCGUGCACUAAGGACCAUAUGUGUACAUGUAUAACACUAGAUGAAGAUGUUAUCUCUGGAACAAAAGUAAUUGCAUGCGCACAGUGUGGUGCAUAUUACUCAAGAGGAAGAGAAUUACCAUGCUAUGUAACAGUGACUCCCCAGCAUUGUGGUUUUUCUAAAUAAAUCUUCAUAAAGGAUUUGG